AUGUCAAUUGUUCAACAAAAAAAAUUUGGAAAUACUGGUUUGAAAGUAUCCCCGCUUAUUAUUGGGUGUAUGUCCUUCGGUUCGAAGACUUGGGAUGAAUGGGUUCAAGAUGAUAAGGAAGAAGCUUUUAAAAUUUUGAAACAUGCUUAUGACAGGGGUAUCCGUAGUUAUGACACUGCAAAUGUAUAUAGUAAUGGUCAAAGUGAAAUUAUUUUGGGUGAAUUCCUAAGGAAAUAUAACAUUCCAAGAGAGACUGUUGUUAUAAUGACAAAAUUGCGUUUUCCUGCUGAUGAAAACAUGGAUAUAGACUUUAAAAAUAUGACACCAGAAAUGAAACUAAAUGUAGUUAACAUGCAAGGUUUAUCACGUAAAUCUAUUUUCAGCUCUUCAAGAGCUUCUGUUAAAAGAUUAGGAACCUACAUAGAUAUCCUACAAAUCCAUAGAGGUGAUCCCGAUACACCAUUUGAGGAAACUAUGGGAGCUUUAAAUGAUGUAGUCAUUGAAGGUCUAACUAGAUAUGUUGGUGCAUCAUUGAUGCUAGCAACUGAAUUUGCAGAAAUGCAAUUCGUAGCAGAAAAACAUGGUUGGUUUAAAUUUGUCAACUCCCAAUCUUGUUAUCAUUUAAUGUAUAGAGAAGAUGAAAGAGAAUUAAUUCCUUUUGCAAAAAGACAUAACAUCGCGUUAACUCCAUUUUCUCCAUUAAAUAGGGGAUUGUUAUGUAGACCACUUGGUACAGAAACCACUAGAUCUAACAGUGAUUCUGUAAUUAAGACCAAAAAUUUGAAAAACUACACCGAUUGGGAAGCAUCAAUUAUUAAUCGUGUCGAAAAACUUUCUAUAAAAAAGAAUAUUCCAAUGUCGGCUAUAUCUUUAGCAUGGGUAUUACAGAAAGGCUGUUUUCCUAUUGUAGGUUUCAGUUCUAUCGAGAGAGUUGAGGAGGCCAUUGAUGCUCUCGAUGUAAAUCUAACAGAGGAAGAAAUGAAAUAUUUAGAAGAACCCUACCAACACAGAGAACUAUAUACUUAA